GUGCUCCUUCUCUUAAUCUUCCUCAGGGGCAAUCCAUCAAACACAUGGCGUCCCAUUUCCCCACUUAACCAGAAACACAUCAUGAAGAGAAUCUCUAUAACCCAGAUGAAGAAAAAAACGUCGGAAAACAGAGCAAUCGGAAAAGAAGAAGAGGAAGAAAAGGCAGUAUCGGCGAUAUGGGAUUGUGGGAGUCCGUUGUAUGAUUCGUUCGAGUUGGUUUCUCUCAGUCAUUUGAUCGAACGGCAUCUAAUGGUGCUUCCAUCUCUGGGUUCCGCCAGAGUUUCUCCGUCGUCCGACGUUGUCCGGGUCGUCCGUUUUGUUGACGUUGCGGACUGUAAGUGUGAAGAAAAAGGGUCUUCCUCCAUAAUCAAAAUGUUGGCUGGAUUUCUGGGGAGGAAGGGUAAGCCUAAGAAGAAGGUAAAAACCAGGAUUUUUGGGUGUUGCAAUUUUAAUGUUGGUUUUGGGAAGAAAAUAGUUAUGAACAAAUAAAAUGUUAUGUGUAUUUUGAGUGUGUUGGAAAUUUGGGUUCAAAUUCAUCCCUGAAAUUAUGAUGUUAAAAAUAUCAAUGAAGUCUCAAAUGUACUUUAUCUCUGAGUUGGGAGAAUGGAGAUGGUAUUUGCUAAUUAGCUAUCCCUUUGAUUUUUGGGAUUAUCCAUUGUUUCAUUGUUGAAUGGCUCUUCUAAAACAAUGUUUUUUUUUUCUUUUUUCUUUUUUUUUUUAAUGGGACUAAAACAAUGUUAAACUC